AUGGAUGUAGGAGUGUCUUCGGCCAAGUCUAUACUCGAGAAGCCUCUUAAGCUACUCACUGAAGAGGACAUUUCUCAGCUCACACGCGAGGAUUGCCGGAAAUUCCUCAAGGAGAAAGGAAUGCGCAGGCCUUCUUGGAACAAAUCUCAGGCGAUCCAGCAAGUUUUAUCCCUCAAAGCUCUCUUUGAGCCUGGCGACGAUUCCGGCGCCGGAAUCCUCCGCAAGAUCCUCGUUUCCCAGCCGCCGAAUUCGCCUCGUACGACGAUUGAGCCAAGCAGCAACGAGCUCGGAGCUGGUGGCCGGAUUCCACUUCAGGAAGAUGACGGCUCAUGCCACAGAAGGGACUCCCCAAGAUCAGCUGAGUUCUCCGGCGGUUCUGGUCAGUUUGUAGCUGAGAAAGACAGCUACAAGACACUCUCUCCCAGCAGAAGCCCGGCAGAAACAAGUGCGCUGGUUGGGCAGAUGACGAUAUUCUACAGUGGGAAAGUGAAUGUGUAUGAUGGUGUACCACCUGAAAAGGCGCGGUCAAUCAUGCACUUUGCAGCCAAUCCGAUUGAUUUGCCUGAAAAUGGUGUUUUUGCAUCGAGUAGAAUGAUCUCCAGGCCCGUGAGUAAAGAAAAAAUGGUGGAACUUCCUCAUUAUGGGUUUGAAAAGGCAAAUGCUUCUCGUGAUACUGAUGUGGAGGGUCAGGCGAACAGGAAAGUGUCGUUGCAAAGAUAUCUCGAAAAGCGGAAGGACAGAAGAUUCUCUAAAACCAAAAAGGCUCCUCAAGGAGUUGCAUCCUCUAGCUUGGAGAUGUUUCUGAAUCGUCAGCCACGGAUGAACGCAGCUGCGUAUUCACAAAACCUCAGCGUCACAGGAGGAGGAGGAGGAGAUCCCCACACGUUCUGUGAGUCACCUGAAAACCAGACAAAAAGUCCCAAUCUCUCAGUUGAUCUGAACAGUGAUCUAAACAGUGAAGAUAUUUAA